CUGCAGCUUUUGUUAUUUCCCGUUGCGUAUGGCCACAGAAAAGUUGUAUUUACCGGAAGAAGUUCCAUUUCUCUUCGAGAGAUCAUUUUGACCGUCGACAAAAAAAUUCCCACAGAGCAAGAUUUUCAAGAACUAAAAACUAACGCUCUACCCUAUUUAUCAGACGUUCAGACUGCUCUGGAAAAGGGAUGGAGGCCAACCAAUUAUUUUUUCUCAGGAAGCACGGUAGAAAGAUUUGGCAUCGCAAUGAUGAUUUCGCAGAAACCAAGAGGCUUCGGAAAGGCACCCUUAGGCUCAUUAGAUGCCGACCUUGACGUGAUGUUUUGCUGUUCGGGAGUAAAAGCUUCCUUUUCCGGUCAGGAUGAUCUCCUUGUUGAGCCAGUUGUCAGUGGUAAGGAAGGUUUCACGGGAUAUGCUCACCUUUCUUACUUCACUCCCAGCGUCGAGAAAGUAUUUGUCAGUUCAACCAUUCACAGACAGAAGGCGAUUGAUGCUGUUCAAAACAUGCCCGUGGACAAUCUACCCAGCGAUACAUGUUGUUUUGGCACAGUCGACUCCGGCCCCGAAGUCAGUUUCAGCUCCAGGGGGCCCACGAUGAAGCUUUGUAUUGCUCCUCUUUUCGAGGCUGACUUCACCAUCUGUAUCCAUUGCCUUGAGUGGCCAGCCAAGAGUGACUGGUCUUCUCGUCCAAGGUACUGGCCUAGUGCAACAGAUGUAGAGAGAAUCUUGUCACUUGGUUGCCAUCUUGUGGCCAAACCAGCACCAAGCGACAAGAAUAAAACGAGCUGGAGAUUUUCGUUUUCCCUCGCCGAGGUGGAGCUUUCCAAACUUGUCCCAGACACAGCGAGGAAAUGUUUCUUAGCUCUAAAAAUUAUCCUGAAAGACCAUCUUCAACCUGUGGAGCCAAACUUACUUCUUAUCACAUCAAAACUAUUUUCUUGAAUAUUCUUGAAAAAGUACCAGUUGGUUUCUGGGCGGAGGACAACAUAGAAGAAUGUUUCCUGGUAUUGCUAGCGGAACUUCGAGAUGCUUUGCAGUCCAGAAAUUGUCCCCAUCACUGGUUCAGCUCCGUCAAUUUGUUCAAAUCAGAGGUUUCGCUGUUUUGCUUGAACACCAUGCACUGGCUGCCUUUGGUUAAGAAAGUGGAAAUAAUUCUGCGCGACCCUGCUUCAUUCAUUUUUGACGAUGGAUGCUGUUGUCUUUCACCGUGCUGCUGUCCGGUGCCGCAUCAAAUAUUUACUCGACGAACCGGCGAUCAACUGUCUACAGAUUAUAUGGAGAUCCCAUUAUCUGUCAAUGGUCAUGGAGACCCGUCGGUUGGCGAUUACGCUGGUCAAUCAUCACCUGAAUUCCCAUCUCCAAGGUCUGAAGCUCAUCUCCACGGUGGAAGUUUGUUUGAACACGACAAAGAACAAGUAAUCACUUCUGAACCAGAUCGAUUUGUUGCACCAGGAGCCUGUUUGUAUCCGAGUGAACCUGCCGACCAGGUAUUGUUUCUUCCCGUGUAG